UCCUGGGCCAUGGCUUAAUCUGGGAGAGUCUGUCUUCUUUUCACUGUGUGCCCAUCAUCCGUGGUGUCCACAGCCAGCUAACUCUGUAAGAUCCAUGUCCUUGCUCUGAGUCUGCCCCUUGUGUAUCUGACCCUCCUACGGUAGGCCUGACCUGACUGGUCCUCCUGGAAGUCUCUUUUGUCCUAAGAUCUCCAACCAGACCUGCUCCCCAUGUCGGCUGCACCCGGUCUCCUGCACCAGGAGCUGUCCUGCCCGCUGUGCCUGCAGCUGUUCGAUGCUCCUGUAACCGCCGAGUGUGGCCACAGUUUCUGCCGCGCCUGCCUGGGCCGAGUGGCAGGGGAGCCAGCAGCGGAUGGCACGGUGCCUUGCCCUUGUUGUCAGGCACCCACGCGGCCGCAGGCUCUCAGCACCAACCUGCAGCUGUCUCGCCUGGUGGAGGGUCUGGCGCAGGUGCCACAGGGUCACUGCGAGGAACACCUAGAUCCUCUGAGCAUCUACUGCGAGCAGGACCGAGCGCUGGUGUGCGGCGUUUGUGCCUCUCUCGGUUCGCACCGUGGCCACCGCCUGCUACCCGCGGCGGAGGCCCAUGCGCGCCUUAAGAAGCAACUCCCACAGCAGAAGCUGCAGCUGCAGGAGGCCUGUAUGCGCAAAGAGAAGAGCGUAUCUGUCCUGGAGCAUCAGUUGAUGGAGGUGGAGGAGACAGUGCGUCAGUUCCGGGGGGCUGUUGGGGAGCAGCUGGGCAAGAUGCGGGUGUUCCUGGCUGCACUGGAGGGUUCUUUAGACCGUGAGGCAGAAAGAGUUCGGAGUGAGGCAGGGGUUGCUUUGCGGCGGGAGCUGGCAGGUUUGAACUCUUACCUGGAUCAGCUGCGGCAGAUGGAGAAGGUGCUGGAGGAGGUAGCUGAUAAGCCACAGACUGAAUUCCUCAUGAAAUACUGCCUGGUGACCAGCAGACUGCAGAAGAUCCUGUCAGAGUCACCGCCACCUGCACGUCUGGAUAUCCAACUGCCUGUGAUCUCAGAUGACUUCAAAUUCCAGGUGUGGAGGAAGAUGUUCCGGGGUCUGAUGCCAGCACUAGAGGAGCUGACUUUUGACCCAAGCUCAGCGCACCCCAGUCUGGUGGUGUCUCCCUCUGGCCGCCGCGUGGAGUGCUGCGAGCAGAAGGCGCCACCAGCUGGCGAAGACCCGCGCCAGUUCGACAAGGCCGUGGCGGUGGUAACGCACCAGCUGCUCUCCGAGGGCGAACACUACUGGGAGGUGGAGGUGGGCGACAAGCCUCGCUGGGCUCUCGGCGUGAUGGCGGCGGAUGCCACCAGACGUGGCCGACUGCACGCGGUGCCCUCACAGGGCCUCUGGCUGCUAGGGUUGCGUGAUGGCAAGAUCCUGGAGGCGCACGUGGAGGCCAAGGAGCCACGUGCACUGCGCAACCCAGAGAGGCGGCCGUCGCGGGUUGGCCUCUAUCUAAGCUUCCGCGACGGUGUCCUCUCUUUCUAUGAUGCUAGCGAUUCUGAUGCGCUCGAGCUGCUCUUUGCCUUCCAUGAGCGCCUGCCGGGGCCAGUGUAUCCCUUCUUUGACGUGUGCUGGCAUGACAAGGGCAAGAACGCCCAGCCGCUGCUGCUCGUGGGGCCUGAUGGCGAGGAGGCCUGAGCCGCCUGGCUGGGUGGGAGAGGGGCAAGGGGGUCCUGACCAUAGGAGGCCUUGUCUUCUUUGUCAGGCCUGGAGGGAUUUGGGUGGGGGGCAGGUUGCCAGGGCUGAAGAUAGGGCAGAGGGGGCUGGAUACUGCGGUGUCUCCAAGAGUUCUAAGAAGAGUGGGGGUUGGCAUGAAUGGGAACAGCUGGUGACAGGUUAGGGUGUCCUUGUGAUCGGGACUAGAGUCUGGUCAGUGAGGAAAUCUGCAUUUGGGGACCAGGAGGCCCAGAGUUCCAGGAAGAAGCUGAGUUUGAGGGAAAAGAGGGAAAGGGGGUUAGGUUUGGUGAAAAUUGAGGUGAGAAGCUUGAGAAGUCUCUAGAAGGGAUACCUCACACCACACUCCCCUGUAAGCCCUGGGACUUACAGGGCUCCCCAAACCUGAAGGCCUCUCACUUAGUGCUUGCCUCAAAUGGCUUUUCAAAGCAUGGAUAAAACGUAGAUUGCUGAUUUUCUGAUGCAGUAGGUCUGAGGCAGCAAAAAAUGAUCACUUUUAACAAGUUCACGGGGGAUCCUGAUGCUGUUGGGUCACAGUGGAAUCACACUUAGAAGCAUACCCAGUCUCUUUAGUCAGUCAUCAGUCAAGGCAUAAAUCCAAAAUAUAUUCCUCCAUUCAACAGAAUUUAAAAACUGCCGAGCCUGUGGUGGGUAAAUAAAUUAACCUUCAAGUUAUUUAUUUCCCUUUGCCUCUGUGUUUAUUAAAUAUCUUGGGCAUUGAGGAAAUUCCUCAGGUUGCCCACUAGGAGAAAGAACCUGAUGUUAAACCUGCUUUGGGCCCUGCUAUUUGUGGAAAAUAAAAGGUUCCCACUGGCUUCCAAGAAUUGUCCUCUCACUAAUUACUUCUUGGUUCACACCUUUGGUUUUAUCUGGGAGGCUUAUAUCUUAGGUUCUAGAAUAACCAGUAAUGCCCAAGGUGAGUUUGCUGGAGGAAGAAGCCUUUGGGGAUUUGAGCAGGUGGGACUGGAGGCUGCUCUCACCUUUUAUCGUAAGCAAAGGUGAUGACCCUGAUCAUUCACUCUCUCAGGCUGGACCUGCUGUUACUGCUGUACGAAAGGGCCUGAGGUCCCCUGGCUCCUGUACUGGUAUGGGAAUUUUCUUGGUGGGGGGUGAUUAUGGGACUAAGAAGGUGAAAGGAGAUUGUGGUUGGGG